CUCCCAGUUUGGUAUACUCUAUUGAUCGACCUAAUCUCUGACUUACGUACUUGAAUCCUACUCCUCUCAACCCGGCCAUUAUCACCUCACGUCCAUUGGUGCCCUAGUCUUCCUGCUUUCUCCGUUGAACCGAGGUUGCGCAUUACUUUAAACCGGUCCAUUGCACCCCAGAACCACUUGAUCUCCCCUCCUGAACAAUCUGCGCAUAUCCCCCUCGGUGCUAAAGAAUCCCAAAUCAACAUCAUCAUCAUGUCCGGACACGAGAACAACGGUGCGCCCCCCGUGGGACAGGAGAAUAUCAACACAGAUAUCGUCACCCUCACAAGAUUCUUGACGGAAGAACAAACCAAGGUGCCAGAAGCCACUGGUGACUUCACACUCCUCUGCCACGCUCUUCAAUUCUCCUUCAAGUCCAUCGCCUACUACAUCCGUCGUGCAUCCUUAAUCAACCUGACCGGACUGGCAGGUUCCUCAAACACCACAGGCGAUGACCAGAAGAAACUCGACGUAAUCGGCAACGAUGUCUUCAUCUCCGCCAUGCGUGGCUCAGGUAAAUGUCGUAUCCUCGUCUCGGAAGAAGAAGAAGAAGCCAUCGUCUUCGACGAGCACCCCUACGCCCGCUAUGCAGUCGUCUGCGACCCCAUUGACGGAUCCUCCAACCUGGACGCUGGCGUCUCGGUAGGAACUAUCUUCGGCGUCUUCAAGCUGCCCGACUCCGUUCUGGGACCCGAGAACAAGGUCUCCCCCAAGGACCUUCUCCUCCCCGGUACCGAGUUGGUCGCCUCCGGCUUCACCAUGUACGGUGCCUCCGCCCAGCUCGUCAUCACCAUGCGCAAUGGUAGCGUCAACGGCUUCACCCUGGAGAACUCUCUGGGCGAAUUCAUCCUCACCCACCCCAACAUGACCCUCCCCACCAAGCGCGCCAUCUACUCCGUCAACGAGGGUAACAGCAGCUACUGGGACGAGUGGACUAACGCUUACUUCCACUCACUGAAGUUUCCCCCCGAGGGAGAGAAGCCUUACAGUGCUCGUUACAUUGGUAGUAUGGUGGCUGAUGCUUACCGGACACUGCUCUACGGUGGUGUCUUCGCUUAUCCGGCCGACAAAAAGGCCCCCAAGGGUAAGCUGCGUAUUCUGUACGAGUGCGCGCCCAUGGCUAUGGUGUUUGAGAACGCCGGUGGUCUCGCCGUGAACUCUCGCAUGGAGCGCCUUCUAGGCGUCGUCCCUGAGCACAUCCACGACAAGAGUGGUGUGUUCCUCGGCUCGAAGGACGAAGUGCAGAAGAUCAUCGACACUUAUAACAAGUACAAGAAAUGAUUUGAAUUUUUUGGCCCGUAUGUGGCCGGCUUAUACUCGUGGGAGAUCUGGUGAUUUCACCACGGGAUGGUAUUAAUGAGGAUGGUCAUGGGUAUUUAAUGUAUGAAAAGCGUCCUAAGUUAAAUAAAUACUGAAAUAAACAUUUGAAA